AUGUACUCAGAAUAUUCAGGUUUUGAAUAUCAGGCCCUGUAUCACUAUUGUGCCUCUCCCUAUCCCCACCUGUACCACUUCCCAUCGCUACCUUGCCUUUAUUCAUUAUUAUCUGCCCUUUUCUCAUCAAUCUAUCCACCACUUCUAUUGGGCACUUACCUAUCUUCCUCUCCUGUUUUAUUUUACAGAUGUCAGGGUCCUGCUCUUAGGGUGCAGUGGGACAAGUUUCGGGCACAGCCAUCAUUUCUUUCCCGUUGGAAUCCAUGGGCUGAAGACCUUCCCUACAUUAUCCUGACCCAGCAUCCAGGGGCCACAAACCAUAAAGUAUUUGUACAGCAGUCUGAGGUGACCAACCAGAAACAUUCCACCCCAACUCCAGGAGCUGCCACUGAGAAGGAUCUGGCACAGCAACAAGGGGUCACAGACCAGGCAAAUUUUAGGCAGCCACUGAAGGCUGCCACUAAUGAAAAACAUUCAGAGGUCAUAGAAGAAGCAUCUCAUAAGGACCUGAGCCAGUAUCCAACGCCCUGUAGACAGGCAAAUUCUGUUCAGUCCACUGAUGAUACCACAGAGGCCAUCACACUUAGAGGCAAUACAAAGUUCUCAGGAGCCACCAAACACAGAGAGCUGGAAGAAAUGUGUUCGGUGGAACAGUUCAUGGAGCAUCUGGUAGAAUCUGUGAAAUGUGCACAUAAGCUAAGUCCUCUGCCAGGGCGAGCUAACGGGCUCUUAGUCCUUCACAGAUCGGUGAACAUGGACACAUCUUUGGGGCUCCUCUCACUACUCAACAACAGUAUUCAGUUGGGUUAUGCCAAAUCCCGAGCAGGAUUUGGAUUCUAAAGCUAUCGAAUAAUUUUGCAAUGAUAUAUAAUUAUUGUAUUAUUUUCUUAUGUAAAGAUAAAUGGAGAGUAA